CCUCAGUUAUCUCUCUACCAGUUUAAAUCCUCAUUUAUUAAAGUAUGAAGUAAAAUGUGGUGGUAUGUUUAGAGCAAAUACUAAUAAAAUUAUUCUUGUAUGAAUUGUGCAAAAUCGUAAGAAAUUGAUAUCGAUAUCGAUAUUGAUAGUUAAUACCAAUCACAAAUCGUAAUUUUCAAGUGAAAAAUGUUCAAUUACACACAGCUUCUCAAAAAAGAAUUAAACUAAAUUUUGAUUGUAUACUGUACUGAGUUGAGAACAGAAAAUAAUCAUUGUCCUUUUAAUUUUAAGAAGAAAGAAGAUUGAGAAAUUUUAACGACGAAUAAUUUUACGUGAAGAAUAUUAGAUAGGUUAUAGGUUUAUUGAGACCUAUGGCAUGAUGAUAUUUAUGUUCAAAUAGAGUUAACAGUGUUGUUUGAUUAAAUGAGUCAAAGUAUUGAUACUAGCUUCAACCCAGCACCUGUACAGGUUGAAGAACUGGAAAAGAUGGAUACUCAAGAAGAAAUAUCCUGUAAUUUAGACCCUAGACCGCUAUCGGUAACCAAUGGCGAUUCAAAUCAGCGUAUCACAACGCAAGAUCAUGAUAUGGAAGAAGAUGAAUCAAGAUCUGAAGCCACUUUCCGAUUCACGGUGGAGAAUGUUUCGAAAAUGAAAGAUUCGCAACUAUCACCACCGUGUUUCGUUCGCAAUCUACCUUGGAAAAUUAUGGUAAUGCCUAGAUCAAGUCAAACUCAAGAGCGUCAACCUCAAAGAUCAUUGGGUUUUUUCUUGCAAUGCAAUGGAGAAAGUGAAUCAUCUUCUUGGAGUUGUUACGCUGUUGCUGAAUUAAGAUUGUUAUCGUGUAAAGAAGGUCACGAUUCAUUCAGUCGAAAAAUACAGCAUCUAUUUUAUAGCAAAGAGAAUGAUUGGGGAUUUAGUCAUUUCAUGACUUGGCAAGAUGUUUUAGAUCCAGAAAAAGGUUACAUAAAAGAUGACACCAUAACAUUAGAGGUACAUGUGAUAGCUGAUGCUCCUCAUGGAGUAAGUUGGGACAGUAAAAAACAUACAGGAUUUGUUGGAUUAAAAAAUCAGGGAGCAACUUGUUAUAUGAAUUCGUUAUUACAGACUUUAUACUUCACUAAUCAAUUGAGAAAAGCUGUGUAUAAAAUGCCAACAGAAAGUGAUGAUUCUAGUAAAAGUGUAGCUCUAGCUCUGCAAAGAGUAUUUCAUGAAUUACAAUUUUGUGACAAGCCAGUGGGUACCAAAAAACUCACAAAAAGCUUUGGAUGGGAAACUUUGGAUUCCUUCAUGCAACAUGAUGUUCAAGAAUUUUUAAGAGUGCUGCUUGACAAACUCGAAAGUAAAAUGAAAGGAACGUGCGUUGAAGGUACCGUUCCAAAAUUAUUCGAGGGAAAGAUGGUUUCUUUCAUAAAAUGUAAAAAUAUUGACUACACAUCUAAAAGAGUGGAAACAUUUUAUGAUAUUCAACUUAAUAUUAAAGGGAAAAAGAAUAUUUAUGAAUCGUUUGACGAUUAUGUGAGCACUGAAAUAUUAGAUGGUGAUAAUAAGUAUGACGCCGGUGAACAUGGCCUUCAAGAAGCUGAAAAAGGUGUCAUGUUUUCUUCUUUUCCUCCCAUUUUACAUCUGCACUUGAUGAGGUUUCAAUACGAUCCAAUCACAGAUUGCUCAGUGAAGUUUAAUGACAGAUUUGAGUUUUAUGAAAAAAUAAGUCUUGGACAGUAUUUAAAAACUGGAAAAGAAACCCAAAGUGUAGACUACACUCUUCACGCCGUUUUAGUUCACAGCGGUGACAAUCACGGAGGUCACUACGUUGUGUUUAUCAACCCUUCAGGAGAUGGAAAGUGGUGCAAAUUCGACGAUGACGUUGUUUCUCGUUGCUCAAAAGCAGAAGCCAUUGAACACAAUUAUGGAGGACAAGAUGAUGAUAUGUCAAUGACAGUCAAACAUUGUACCAAUGCCUACAUGUUGGUCUACAUUAAAAAUUCUGACAUUAAGAAUGUUUUACAGGAAGUAAAGGAAGAAGAUAUCCCUCAAGAGCUUGUUGAAAGACUCCAAGAAGAAAAGCGGUUAGAACAAAUCAAACGCAAAGAAAGAAAUGAAGCGUAUUUGUUUAUGACUGUAAACGUUUUGUUUGAAGAUAGUUUUGAAGGGCACCAAGGAAACGAUUUGUACGAUCAAGAAAAAGUUGUUUACCGUACAUUUAGAGUGAAGAAGCAAUCAACUUUAUCAGAAUUCAUUGAAAUAUUGAGUGAAAGUCUUAAAUAUGCUGUGGAUCAAAUCCGAAUUUGGCCUUUUAGUUUAAGAUCUAAUCAAACUUGUAGACCAACUCUUAUCGAAUCAGAAAUAGAAUUGCAAAAGAGUGUUACUGAAUGUGCUGAAAGUGGAAAUCCUUGGAAUGUUUUUGUUGAAAUUUUAUCACCUGACUGUGAUUUAAAUGCUUUACCUUCAUUCGAUAAAGAUACUGAUGUCUUGCUUUUUUUCAAACUUUAUGAUCCCAAGAAAAAAAAGAUUCACUAUUGUGGACAUCAUUAUAUGCCUGUUACAGCUAAAGUUCAGGACCUAAUACCUAUUUUAAAUCAAAAAGCUGGUUAUGACGCAGAUACUAAACUUGUCCUUUAUGAAGAAAUAAAGCCAAACAUGGUGGAAAAAAUUGAAAAUUACUCUGAAUCAUUAGAAAAAGUUCUUGAAGAGUUGAUGGAUGGAGAUAUAAUAGUAUUUCAGCGAUUUGAAGAGAGUAAUCAGUUAUUCGAACUUCCCACUUGUAGAGACUAUUUCAGAGAUCUAUCGUCAAGAAUUGAAGUUAGUUUCUGUGACAAGACCGUUCCCAAUGAUAUUGGUUUCACCAUGGAACUUUCGCAAAGAAUUACUUAUGAGCAAAUGGCAAGAGCAGUUGCUCAAAAACUUCAGACUGAUCCAUAUUUGUUACAAUUUUUCAAAUGUCAAAAUUAUAAAGACUCUCCAGGAAUUCCUUUAAAGUGUACUUUUGAUGGUACAUUGAAAGAACUAGUUGCAAAUUGCAAACCGAAGGUAAAAAAAUUGUUUUAUCAGCAGUUGAGCAUACAUGUGAAUGAGCUGGAAAACAAAAAACAAUUUAAAUGUAUUUGGGUGAGUUCUAAUUUGAAAGAAGAAAAAGAGAUAGUACUUUAUCCUAAUAAAAAUGGAACAGUCAUGAAUCUGUUAGAAGAAGCAAAAAAACAAAUAGAAUUUACAGAAAAUAGUUCCGGUAAACUACGAAUUCUUGAAAUAAUUAGCAACAGAGUACAUAUUGGACCUAAAGAUGAUGUUUUACUUGAAACACUCGCUACUAACAGUUCUAAAAUAUACAGAAUUGAAGAAGUACCUUCAGAUGAACUAAAUUUAUCGGAAGAUGAAAUGCUUGUUCCUGUCGCACACUUUUACAAAGAUGUGUUUUCAACCUUUGGAAUACCAUUUUUAUUCAAAAUAAAACAAGGUGAACUAUUUCCCAAAAUGAAAGAGCGACUUUUUAAAAAAUUAGAUAUUCAAGAAAAGGAAUUCGAAAAGUUUAAAUUUGCUAUAGUUGUGUCCAAUAAAGCUAAUUUCAUCAGCGAGUCGCCUGAUUAUUGCAUUGAUCUAUCAGAUUUCAAGCCACAUCAAAAUCAAAUAUUUCCACUAUCAAACCCGAAUGCUCAACCGCAGAAACCUUGGCUUGGUUUGGAACAUGUGAACAAAGCUCCGAAGCGAUCUCGCAUCAACUAUUUGGAAAAAGCAAUAAAAAUUUAUAACUAAAUGAAUUUUAAUGGAACUACAAAUCAUAAAAUAUCUUACAACUGAAAUUGGCUUUCAAUGAAAUUGAGUUUUUUAAGUGUUCAGUGUAUUUAAAAAAAAUGGUUACAGUGUUUAUAGUAUACCUAUUAUUAAUUUUUGUUUGAUUAUUAAUAUUUAAUUGCGACAAGCAAUUUAAAUAUUCGUAUAAGGUAUAUUAAUUAUAUCUUAUAUACCAUUAUUAUACAUAAAUAUAUUUGACAUUUCACAAUGGAUACUAAAAGAUAAAAUCUUAAACUAAAGCGUC